CGUCAGUUCCGGCGGGCCGCACCGCCCCGCUCAUUCUCUUUGGUGUUUGCCCUGUGCCGCCCCGCCGGUCCCGCCCGGCCCAUGGACUGAGCGACCCCCGCCCGCCCCGGCCCGGAGCCGAGCCCAGCGCAGGCAUUGUCCAUCAUAAAUAUCCUAUUGAGAACUAAAUACAAAUCUUCACUCUCUGGAUCUCCUAAAGGUCAAUAAUUUGGCUUCCAAAAUUGGAAUUUGUCUGCGUUCAAAGCUGUUUGCCUACAGAAUCUGCUCUGGUUGGAAGUGAAACAUGUCUCAAGUUCAGAUUCAGACACCUUCUGCUGCCCUUGCUGGGAGCCAAAUACUGAAUAAAACCCCAUCUCUUUCACAGCCUUUGAGUAUACCUUCUACUACUAGUUCUUUGCCCUCUGAAAAUGCAGGCAGACCUAUCCAAAACUCUGCUUUGCCCUCUGCUUCAGUUACAUCCACCAAUGCAGCUGCAGCUCCUUCAAACAUGGCAAACCCCAAAGAGAAAACCCCCAUGUGUCUUGUGAAUGAAUUAGCCCGUUUCAACAAGAUUCAGCCCGAGUAUAAGCUUCUGAGUGAGCAAGGUCCAGCUCAUUCUAAGGUGUUUACAGUGCAGCUGACUCUUGGGGACCAGCAUUGGGAAGCUGAAGGAACUAGUAUUAAAAAAGCGCAACAUGCAGCAGCUGCCAAAGCUUUGGAAGGGACAAAAUUCCCGAAGCCUACAGCUCGUCCAUCUCGUAGUGAAGGCAAGAAUCCAGACAGUGUAACCCCCACAGUGGAGUUGAAUGCACUUUGCAUGAAGCUGGGGAAGAAGCCCAUGUACAAACCCAUCGACCCUUACACGGGGAUGAGAUCCACCUACAACUACACCAUGCGAGGUGGUACCUACCCCCCACGGUACUUUUACCCAUUUCCUGUCGGGCCUUUACUCUACCAAGUGGAGCUUUCAAUUGGAGGGCAGCAGUUUCAUGGGAAGGGAAGAACAAGACAAGCUGCUAAGCAUGAUGCAGCUGCUAAAGCACUGAAAGUUCUGCAGAACGAGCCCUUGCCUGAGAAACCAGAGGUUAACGGAAAAGAACCAGAUGAUGAAAAUCUCAAUAAAUCUGAAAUAAGCCAAGUUUUUGAGAUUGCACUUAAAAGGAACUUGCCUGUGAAUUUUGAGUUUUUCCCUCUGAAACAGGUGACCAAGGAAAGUGGUCCUCCCCAUAUGAAGAGUUUUGUAACCAAGGUAUCAGUUGGAGAAUUCAUGGGUGAAGGUGAAGGAAAGAGCAAGAAGAUCUCAAAGAAAAAUGCUGCAAUAGCAGUCCUAGAAGAACUGAAAAAAUUGCCACCCCUUCCUAUGGUUGAGAAAAUGAAGCCACGAAUCAAAAAGAAAACAAAAUCAAUAGUGAAGCUGCAGACAAGUCCAGAAUACGGUCAAGGAAUGAAUCCCAUUAGCAGACUUGCCCAGAUACAGCAGGCCAAGAAGGAGAAGGAACCCGAGUACAUGCUCAUCACAGAACGUGGGCUGCCCAGGCGCAGGGAGUUCGUGAUGCAGGUGAAAGUUGGUGUACACACAGCUGAAGGAAUGGGCACGAACAAAAAGGUUGCUAAACGCAAUGCAGCUGAAAAUAUGUUGGAAAUUUUAGGUUUCAAAGUCCCUCAACCUCAACCUCCAAAACCAGCAUUAAAGACAGAAGAGAAGACCCCAGUGAAAAAACCAGGUGAUGGAAGAAAAGUAACCUUCUUUGAGCCGGGCUCUGAAGAGACUUCAGCUAGAGGACUCACAAACAGCAGCUCUUCAGUGUGCACCUCUCUUCUCCCAGGUAAUAAAGAAGAUGAGUUUAGGAUGCCUUAUCUCAGCCAUCAGCAGCUUCCUGCUGGAAUUCUUCCCAUGGUCCCUGAGGUUGCACAGGCUGUAGGAGCCAAUCAAGGACACCACACCAAAGAGUUCAGUCGGGCAGCUCCCAACCCUGCCAAGGCGACGGUGACGGCGAUGAUCGCCAGGGAGCUGCUCUAUGGGGGCACUUCUCCUACUGCCGAGACCAUUUUGAAGAGCAACAACUCCUCAGGCCACGUCCCCCAUGGACCUCUGACCAGGCCCUCCGAGCAGCUGGACUAUCUUUCCAAUGUUCAAGGAAUCCAGGUUGAAUAUAAAGACUUUCCAAAAAAUAACAAGAACGAGUUUGUAUCUCUUAUAAACUGUUCCUCUCAGCCACCGCUGAUCAGUCAUGGGAUUGGAAAGGAUGUGGAGUCUUGCCACGACAUGGCUGCACUGAAUAUUUUAAAGUUGCUGUCUGAGUUGGACCAACAAACCACAGAGAUGCCAAGGACAGGAAAUGGACCAAUGUCUGUAUGUGUGAAACAAGAAAUGGAAAGUGACCCUCUCCUCAAACCGGCGAGCGCAAACCCUUUGGGACAAACACUGGACAGCACUGCCUGAAAUAGGCUCUUGACUGAACCCAAACCUGAAAGCACCAGAGAAAAUCAAAUGCUUCCUCUUAAUGUAACCUAACUGUUGGAGUGCUACAGUCUCUACAACCUACUGUAGUGUCUAAAUCAUAACUGUUGCUUUUUCUUCAAACAGUGAUACAUUUUUAGUUUCAUUAUGUUGUUUUGAUUGAAAUGACACUAUAAAUUUUUCAUUUAAAAGUUUCUUAAUUGUAUCUAGAACCAUAGCACAGUUUAGAAACUUUGUCUUCUGAGACUGACAUGUUACCUGUGAACUAACUUGGGAAGAUCAUAUCCCUGUAUGUGGUUAUUUUGGUUUUGUUGGAAUAGCAGCGUUUCACUGGAAACAAGCUGUGUCCCACCGUUUUAAAAAGCCCCAUAUUUUCGCAAACCAACCCUAAUUAUCCAGUGGUUGAAGGAAUUUAAACACUUCAGGAAUUUUAAACUUGGUUUGAUCUUUUUUGGUUAAUUUCUAGUUUUCUUGAGUGUGGGGUAGGGGAACUCGAAUGCAAUGUGACUUUCAGUGAUCUCUGAGCUGUGUUUUAGGGACUGUGUGUCGGUGGCUUACAGCUCACUACAGUACAGGAUAUGAUCUCAAUGUAGUGCAUAUAAAACUGCAGAUUGAUUUUCCUUGAGUGCUUUAUACUGUUUAAUUACAUCUCCAUGUAGGGCUGAAAAAAAUUACCUAUGUUUAUAUAUAACUGUGUUGCUUUUGAUGUUGUGUUCUUGCGCACGGCCGGUGCGCGAUGAGGUUUGCAUUGGUCCAGGUACAGCACGAUAGCCGCGCGAGUUCAGUACUGCUUCCGUUCAUUGUUUACGCUGGAAUUUUUUCUCCCCAUGGAAUGUAAGUAAAACGUAGUGUUUGUCACCAAUAAAUGGUAAUACUAAA